CAGAUUCCCCAGGAAGACCCUAAAAAUGAAAUCUCUUCGAGCAACUAACAUCACAACGGCCAAAGCCGUCAUCAUUAAACCUCCCCACCACGUAAUUCUCGGCAAGAAGCAUCGCCGACGUGUUGGUGGCAAUCUUCGGGAUACCGCCAUUUUCUGCGACUUUCUGACGUCAUUUUGCUACGUGGCAAUGGAAAGAUGCUCGCCGAGCACGGCGGAUUGGCCGAAAAUGAAGUUUGGACAGGAUUAUGAGCAUUCGAAAUGCCCGGAUGCACGAUUUCAGCGACACGUUGAAGAAAAUUGUCAGCUCGCGGAGCAAUAUAUUGCGGCAGGACGAUUAUUGGCUUUUGAAGUAUGCAUGGUAACACCGUCGGAAACUCAACUCGUCGGAUUUCGUGUCACUAUCAGCCGAUUGAGGCGCCCUGAUGGCCGUAGAAGUCCAAAUAUCUACGCCAGGCUCUCAGCGAUUCUGGAGAAGGUUCGAACGAUGGAAAUUACGGAAAAAUUGGAUACAAUGAUGAGCUCCUGCAAAUAUCGCCCUCGAAUCCGCCUUCUCGCCCGUCUUCGCCCCCAAUCCAAACGGAAAGCCGACAAAUCCAAAGUGGCCGAUAAAUCUCAAACUUUUUCUCUUCCAAUUUCAAAUUCCAUUCGAUUAAUGUACACUGGAAUCUCAUUUUAUGCUUUUAUGUAAUUCUGAAUUUUUGAAAAAAAACACAAUAUUUUUUU